CCCGUCUGACACGCACGAACUUUCUUUUCGUUUCUGUCCGGAAUCACAAAUUUCGACAGAAAAUGUCUCGAAACCGUGCGGCCGAAGAGACGGACAAACAGACGCGUAUCGCGAUCGUCAGCUCGGACAAAUGUAAACCGAAGCGAUGUCGCCAGGAGUGCAAGAAAUCCUGCCCGGUCGUGCGUAUGGGCAAGCUCUGUAUCGAGGUGGCGAUGGACUCGAAGAUCGCCACCCUCUCCGAGGAGCUGUGCAUCGGUUGCGGUAUCUGUGUGAAGAAGUGUCCCUUUGAGGCGAUCACGAUCAUCAACAUCCCGAGCAACCUGGAUAAACACACGACCCAUCGCUAUUCGAAAAACUCGUUCAAGCUGCACCGUUUGCCGAUCCCGCGUCCGGGUGAGGUUUUGGGGCUGGUGGGCCAGAAUGGUAUCGGUAAGUCUACGGCACUGAAAAUUCUUGCCGGCAAGCUAAAGCCGAACCUCGGUCGCUACUCUGAACCACCGGAUUGGACGGACAUUCUGGGGUACUUCCGCGGUAACGAACUGCAGAAUUACUUCACCAAGAUUCUGGAGGAUAGCCUGCGUGCGCUGAUCAAACCGCAGUACGUGGACCAAAUCCCGAAGGCAAUCAAGGGCACGGUAGGGGCGCUGCUCGAUAAGAAGGAUGAGCGCAAGAAUCAGAUGGAAAUCUGUGACCUGCUCGAUCUGACCCACAUUCGGGAUCGCGAAAUCCAGGCCCUGUCUGGCGGAGAGCUGCAACGGUUCGCGUGCGCGAUGGUGUGCAUCCAGGACGGGGACAUUUUCAUGUUCGACGAACCCUCUUCGUAUCUGGACGUAAAGCAGCGUUUGAAUUGCGCCAUGACGAUUCGUUCUUUGAUCCAUCCGGACAAAUUCAUCAUCGUGGUGGAGCACGAUUUGUCCGUGCUGGACUAUCUGUCCGAUUUUAUCUGCUGUCUGUAUGGUGUGCCCGGUUGUUACGGCGUCGUUACGAUGCCGUUCUCGGUCCGCGAAGGUAUCAACAUCUUUCUGGACGGCUACGUGCACACGGAAAACAUGCGCUUCCGUACGGAGUCGCUGACAUUCAAGGUGUCGGAAUCGGCGUCCGAAGAGGAAAUCAAGCGAACCUGUCACUACGUGUACCCGAAGAUGAAGAAGAAGCUCGGAUCGUUCACGCUUACGAUAAACAAUGGUCAGUUUAGUGAUUCGGAAAUUAUCGUGCUGCUGGGUGAGAAUGGUACGGGUAAGACCACGUUCAUCCGUAUGCUGGCCGGCAAUCUGGAACCGGACGAGGAGUCGGAACCGCUGCCGGUGUUGAACAUUUCCUACAAGCCGCAGAAAAUCUCUCCCAAGAGUCAGUCGACCGUGCGGUACCUGUUGCAUGAUAAGAUUCGCGAUGCCUACAUUCACCCGCAGUUCAUGGCUGACGUUAUGAAACCGCUGAAGAUUGAGGAAAUUAUGGAUCAGGAGGUGCAGAACUUGUCCGGUGGUGAGUUGCAACGUGUGGCUUUGGUGCUAUGUCUGGGCAAACCGGCCGACGUGUAUUUGAUCGACGAACCGUCCGCCUAUCUGGAUUCCGAGCAACGUCUAAUUGCGGCAAAGGUUAUUAAGAGAUAUAUUCUACACGCCAAAAAGACCGGUUUCGUAGUGGAGCACGAUUUUAUCAUGGCAACUUAUCUAGCCGAUCGGGUGAUCGUAUUCGAGGGUCAACCGUCGGUGGACACGACCGCGCACACGCCCCAAUCACUGCUGAACGGUAUGAAUCGGUUCCUGGAGCUGCUGGAGAUCACAUUCCGACGCGAUCCGAACAAUUUCCGGCCAAGAAUCAACAAGCUAAACUCGGUGAAGGAUGUGGAGCAAAAACGUGCCGGGCAGUACUUCUUCUACGAGGAAUCUUAA